CACCGGCGGCCGUUGUGAAAAACGUCGCCAUGGCAUGUCCAAAGACGCCACCCACAAGGUGGUCUCCUUGGGAAAGGCACGGCGCUGGGAGGCCGCCUUGGCUUUGGCAUUUCAGGAGGAACCCAAUGUCAUCACCUGGGGCGCUUCCGCGGCCGCCUGCGCCCGAAGUCGCCAGUGGGCACAGGCCUGCGGGCUCUUGGGCUGCUGCAGCGCAGCGCAGUUAGAGAUCAAUGUGAUCCUGGAAAGCACUGCGAUCAAUGCCUUGGCAAAAGAAACACGUUGGAGUGAGAAACCCAGAGUUUCCGAGACUGAGACUCCCAGCGAAGCAUGGUCC